CAGUCUCUGCGAUUUCCCACUAUGUAGCACUGGGGUCCAAAAGGAAACGGAGGAAAAAGAAAGAACUCAAAAGAGAAAAGAAACGGAAAUACUUUCACAGUCACACAGUAGUAAAAUAGAGAAUAGCCAUCAUCUUACAGAUUGCUUUACUUUUACCAUCCUCAUUGUGCUCUUUGAAGUAUCACCCCCAUUGUUCGUUUUUCAGAAGAGGGUUUCAUAAGCUGGAUCCUCAUACCCUGUGAUAAGUCUAAAAGAGAGAGAGAUGGCAGGCUACAGAGCAGAAGAUGACUAUGACUACCUCUUCAAGGUGGUUUUGAUAGGGGACUCAGGGGUGGGCAAGUCCAACUUGCUUUCAAGAUUCACCAGGAAUGAGUUCAGCCUUGAGUCCAAAUCAACUAUUGGUGUUGAGUUUGCCACCAGAAGCUUGACUGUUGAUGGAAAAGUCAUCAAGGCUCAGAUUUGGGACACUGCUGGCCAAGAAAGAUACCGAGCCAUCACCAGUGCGUACUACCGUGGUGCUGUUGGUGCUUUGCUUGUCUAUGAUGUCACUAGGCACUCCACAUUUGAAAACGUCGAAAGGUGGCUAAGGGAGCUGAGAGACCAUACCGAUCCCAACAUUGUCGUCAUGCUUAUUGGCAACAAAUCUGACCUUCGACAUCUGGUGGCAGUCUCAACCGAAGACGGAACUUCUUUUGCUGAGAGGGAGUCACUUUACUUUAUGGAGACUUCCGCACUUGAUGCUACUAACGUGGAUAAUGCGUUCACAGAGGUUCUUACUCAGAUAUAUCGGAUCGUGAGCAAGAAGACCAUGGAGACGGGUGAUGAUGGGGCUGCAGCAAACGUCCCUUCCAAGGGUGAGAAAAUCGACGUUAGUAAAGAUGUAUCUGCUGUGAAGAAAGCCGGCUGCUGCUCCUCGUAGGUUUAAAAAGACGGUUCGCGGAAAUUGACACAACGCAUUGUGUUUGUUUCGCUGCACCUGUUCGGGUUUGUGGUGUAAAAUUUUAUCCAAUCGAUGCCACUGCUGCAGAUAUUAGCCGCAAAGAGAAGAAUAACUAUUAUUAACAUGCUUUACUCUACCGCUUUCACGUUAGAUGGAAUGUCAAUUCAUUAGAUGUCUAGGGAACAAUGUUCUGAACCAAACACCAUAUUUCUGCCGCUGCUUCAGUUCAAUUUGCUUCCAAUUUCUAAGAAUUACACAUUCUUUUCCUAUGUAUUUCCUGCCACCAUUCACCAAGUACAUCUGUCUGUCUGAAGAAUCUCUUUUCAAACA